AUGACUUUUCAUCGGCAUACACUAUACCCAUCUUCGCAAGACACCUCUCCGGAGCACUCUGAAGCGCCGUCAGUCGCAGCCUCCAGAAGCCAGUCCACAACUAGUAUAAACUCGGUUUUUACAAGAAACAACACCUCGAGCUCGCUGUACUCGUUGACGCCUGAGUUUUUUCCGAGCGUGAUCAAUAACGAGCUCGAUGAUCUGAAUGUGCACUUCAAUAGGUUUGAUCUAAGUGACACGGUGAUAGAUGAGACAGAUCCUUGUGAUGACACUGAGGAGGACACGGAUGCUCUCACCCAAAAUAUACUGUCUGAUGACUCAAGCAGUGAGAGAGAGACUCAAUAUGCUGCUAAACAUAGCUUCACAGAUAAGCAUUAUCUGAACCAUUUGAAAUGUUGUGCUUCAGGCAUAUUUUCCAAGAAGUCUGAGGAAUUAAAACCAGACAAAUGGUGUAUCACCCUGGUUGGACUCCCAGCUUCUGGCAAGUCGACUAUGGUAAAACAUCUCAAGGAGUAUAUAUCGGUUGCUACUUCCAACAAAGUGAGAACAAGCAUAUAUAACGCGGGCGAUGUCCGCAGGGACUACCAGUAUAAACUCUCUGAGAGCCCCCUUCACCGGGCGGAUCUGUUUGAUUUCCAUAACAAGAUGGGAUUUCAACUUCGCGAGAAGUUUGCUGGCAUUGCUUUGAACCAGCUUCUAGACGAUCUGGAAUCCGACCAGACGGAUAUCGGGAUUUUUGACGCUACCAACUCCACAAAAGAGAGAAGAAAAUUCAUCUCGCAGCAAAUACAGUUAAGGUCCCCCAAUAUCCGCUCGCUAAUACUAGAGGUCAAGUGUACCAAUACUUCAAUGAGAAGAUACAACAUAGAGCGCAAAACCCUGAACCAAGAUUACCGCCAUUUGGCACGCGACGCGGCUGUGAAAGAUUUCUUCCAGAGGGUGGAAAAAUACGAGUCAAACUUUGAGAGCAUCACACAGGCUGAGCUCAAGAAAUACCAGUGCGCCUAUCUCUGUAUAACCAAUGUUGGCGAACAAAUUAUCUACGAUUGUGGUACGGACCACGGAUCUGGCGAUGAACCGGAAAACAACCUCGAGAAAAGAGGCUACUUCGAAGACGGAGUUUUUAGACAGAUAGCCAGUUUUGUCGCCAACUAUAGGGAGAACUUUGGUGUCGCGUAUUUGGAGAAUAUGGAGAAAUUUUACACCCUGGGAUUGUACAAACCGUUGUCAAGGGCAACGUGA